AUGGCCAACAUGACGGCCAUGGCUGCCGGAGCGCCUGCAGGCGGCCCCAUGGGUAUGAUGAUGCCUGCAGGUGCUGGCCCGGCGCCGAUGCCGAACAACGCUCUGUCAACACGCGCCAACCUUCAUACAUGCAUCUACGAGUAUUUCCUCAACCAGGGCAUGUAUGAUGCGGCACGUUCACUGCUGCAGACGCCUGACAGUGAGGUUCGACUCAAGAAUAAUGGCGGCGACGGCAAUCUUGCCAACGGUGUCAACGAUGACAGCAUGGAUACAGACAGCAAGGACGAUGCCGACUCAAAACGACCAAGCGAUCUCCCGCUCGCAAGUUCUAACAGCAACUUCUUGUAUGAGUGGUUCUGCCUCUUCUGGGACAUGCAAGUAGCAGUCACAAAGAGGAAUCAUUCAAACACCGCUGUUGGUCAAUUCUUGCAACACACACAACAACAAAACCGGCUCCGUCAGAACCAGCAACAGGAACUGCUCAGGUCGAUGCGGCCAGAUGGCGCCAUGUUCAAUCAAAACCCCAUGAUGCGCAACAUGCCCAACAGCAUGCAGAUGCAGAAGCAGCCGAACCUCGCGCGGACUGCCAUGGCCAACAACACCAACAACCCGCAAGCGAUGCAGAUGCUUCAAAAGCAGGGACAAAUGCAGCAGAACGCCGCUGACCUGGAUGCCAACAGACGGCCAGGUUCUCCUGGUUCAGCUGAGAAUGCCCCAUCUCCGAACAAGCGGCCUCGGCUUGACGGCGCGGGGCCGUUCAACCCCCAGCAACAGGCUGCUAUGAUGCAGAAUGGUCAACGGCCUCAGCAGGGCAUGCCAGGGCAGCAGGUUCCCAAUACUCCGGCAAAUACCACCGCCCAGGCUCAACAGCUGCUCCUCACAAACGGCAUCAACCCGAGCCAGUUGACACCUCAGCAAUUCCAGCAAUUCCAGAACCAGCCACCACAUGCUCAGAUCAAGUCUAUUCAAGCAUACUCGCAGAACCUGCAACAACACCACGGUCAGCAGAUGCCGAACAAACCUGCGCCAAACCCCAACGGACCUCAAGGACAGGGCUCGCCAAUGAUGGCCCAGGGUCCCGAUGGAGCUAAUCUCAAUGCGUACUACCACCCUGGAGAGAUGGGCGGCCCUACUGCUAUGCGACCUGGUGCUCCAGGCGCGCAAGGCGCAGGUGGCAGCAACCAUGCUCUCCAGGACUAUCAGAUGCAGUUGAUGCUCCUCGAGCAACAGAACAAGAAGCGUCUGAUGAUGGCGAGACAGGAGCAAGACAGCAUGGGUAACAUGCCGCGCGCCGACGGCCAGCCAGGCCCUGCUGGAGCUCCCGGCCCGAACGGCCAGGCAUUCCAGGACACAUCUCCCCAGGCCGCCCGCACUGGAACAUCGCCAAACCCUUCUGAGCAGAUGAAGCGCGGCACACCGCAGAUGAACUCGGCUGGCAUACCAUCACCACUCCCCGAGGGCGCAAAUUCAAGAGGCUCGCCAAACCCCAUGAGCUUCAUGCCGAACAACAUGGAUCCGAAUAUGGCACCCCACUUCUUCAAGGGCAUGAACGGGAUGGAGAACAAUAUGGGCAACGUCCAGAUGAAUGGUGGCAUGCGUCCCCCAAGCUCGCACCCUGGCCAACCUGGUUUCAACGGCCAGAUGACGCCUCAGAUGGCUGCCGCCGCGCGCCAACAAGGUGGCCAGGCUCCUGGAAUGCAAUGGCAAGGACAGCCUAAUGGCAAUGGGAUGGCACCAGGAGGUCCUCAGGGUCAGGUUCAGGGCACACCACAACAGCGUGCUAUGCCACCACCCUCCGCUCCGGCGACAGGCGCUGCUGCCAAUGCCACCGCGAGCGGUCGCGCGACCGCUUCGCCACAGCAAGGCAAUGCUGCGCCACCCACUCCUCAGCAGUCCAACAAGGCUGCGCCGAAGAAGAAGGAUACAAAGAACGCCAAGACCAAGGCUGCCGCGACCAAGAAGGCCAAUGCUAACACCGGGGCAACACCGGCUUCGGAAACAGCGCAAGAUCAAGAGCCACCGACGCCCGCGACACCCAUCACCCCGGCGUCGAAUGCAAACUUCCCCAAGGGACCGAACGCAGCUGGCACUGCUGCCACGACUGCUCCCCCCGCUCCCGCUGCUCCGGUCGCGGCACCUCAGCCCGACCCCAACCAGAUGGGCACUUUCGGCAUGGAGAACCCGGCCAUGGACUUCAACAUGGACUUUGCGAACCCCAACAUGACGGAGAACGUGUUGCAGGACUUCGACUUCGACUCGUUCCUCCAUGACGAUGCGGACGGCGCCAACUUUGGCUUUGACCCAUCUGCAUUUGGAAUGGAAGGGGCCGGCGAGAUCGGCGCGGACUAG